AUGGGUGUCGUGCUGCGGAGUCUGUUGUUGUGUAGUUUUUGUUUGCUCAUACAAGGUGUGCCACUGCUGCUGUAUGCAAACAGACGGGACCUGCGGCUCGUGGAUGCAGCACAUGAGAAGGCCAACGCCACGGUGGUGGUGGGGGGGCUGGAGGAUGCUGCCGCUGUGGACUAUGUCUACUCCCAGGGCCUCAUUUACUGGAGCGAUGUGAGUGAGGAGGCCAUCAAACGCACUGUCUUCAAUCAGUCAGGGGCCAGCGCGGUGCAGACGGUGGUACCGGGCCUGGCCUCCCCUGAUGGACUCGCCUGUGAUUGGAUAGGGAGUAAACUUUACUGGACAGACUCAGAAACCAAUCGAAUUGAGGUGGCAGAGCUGGAUGGAUCUCUGAGGAAAGUUUUAUUCUGGCAAGAGCUGGACCAGCCAAGGGCCAUCGCUCUGGAUCCAGGACGAGGGUACAUGUACUGGACAGACUGGGGUGAGAUCCCAAAAAUCGAGCGGGCAGGGAUGGACGGGACCAAUCGCUCCAUGAUCAUUGAUAAGGACAUCUACUGGCCCAAUGGGCUGACGCUAGACUAUAGUCAGCAGAAACUGUACUGGGCCGAUGCCAAACACAACUUCAUCCAUCGCUCCAACCUGGAUGGCUCCUCCAGGGAGGUGGUGGUUAAAGGAGAACUGCCCCACCCCUUCGCCUUGACCCUGUAUGAAGAAACACUGUUCUGGACAGACUGGAACACCCACUCCAUCCACUCCUGUCGGAAACAGACUGGAGCUAACCAACGCGUCGUCCACUCCAACAUCUUUUCACCCAUGGACAUUCAUGUCUUCAGCCCUAAGAGACAACCUCUCUCAAUGACGAGUCAGUGUUCUGUGAAAAACGGCGGCUGUUCACACCUCUGUCUGCUGUCUCCGGUGAAGCCCUUCUAUCAGUGUGCCUGUCCCACUGGAGUCCAGCUGCUGGAGGACGGAAAGACCUGCAGAGAUGGUGCCACUGAGAUGCUGCUAUUGGCUCGGCGAACUGAUCUGCGGCGCAUCUCUCUGGACACACCAGACUUCACUGACAUCAUCCUGCAGGUGGAUGACAUCCGCCACGCCAUCGCCAUUGACUACGACCCAGUGGAAGGAUACAUCUAUUGGACAGACGACGAUGUGAAAGCCAUCCGCCGCUCCCUGCUGGACGGCAGUGAUGCUCAGUUUGUGGUCACAUCACAGGUGAAUCACCCUGAUGGCAUUGCUGUCGACUGGAUCGCCCGAAAUCUGUACUGGACUGACACGGGAACGGACCGCAUUGAGGUGACGAGGCUCAACGGAACCAUGCGCAAAAUCCUCAUUUCUGAAGACCUGGAUGAGCCCAGAGCCAUCGUAUUGGACCCAAUGGCCGGGUAUAUGUACUGGACCGACUGGGGCGAGGUGCCAAAGAUCGAGCGUGCCGAUCUGGACGGGAUGGAACGAGUGGUGAUGGUCAACACGUCGCUGGGCUGGCCCAAUGGCCUUGCACUUGACUAUGAUGAACGCAAGAUCUACUGGGGAGAUGCCAAGACAGAUAAGAUUGAGGUGAUGAACAUGGACGGGACUGGCCGACGUAUCCUGGUGGAGGACAAACUUCCUCACAUCUUCGGCUUCACACUGCUGGGUGAUUACAUCUACUGGACAGACUGGCAGCGCCGGAGCAUCGAACGGGUCCACAAACGCACAGCAGAACGCGAGUUCAUCAUCGACCAGCUGCCUGAUCUGAUGGGCCUGAAGGCCACAAACGUACACAAAUCCUUUGGUACAAACCCAUGUGCAGAGAACAAUGGCGGCUGCAGCCACCUGUGCCUUUACAAGCCACAGGGUGUGCAGUGCGGAUGCCCCAUUGGCCUCGAACUCAUCUCCGACAUGCAAACCUGCAUUGUACCUGAGGCCUUCCUGCUUUUCUCCCGUCACACCGAUAUCCGCCGCAUCUCCCUGGAAACCAACAACAACAAUGUGGCCAUCCCUCUCACCGGCGUCAAAGAGGCCUCUGCACUUGACUUCGACGUCACCGACAAUCGCAUCUAUUGGACCGACAUCACAUUGAAGACCAUCAGUCGGGCCUUCAUGAAUGGCAGCGCCUUGGAGCACGUGGUGGAGUUUGGUCUGGAUUACCCAGAGGGCAUGGCAGUGGACUGGCUGGGAAAGAACCUGUACUGGGCUGACACUGGCACCAACCGCAUCGAGGUGGCCAAACUGGAUGGACAACACCGGCAGGUCCUGGUCUGGAAGGAUCUGGACAGUCCCCGAGCGCUGGCUCUGGACCCUGCUGAAGGGUACAUGUACUGGACAGAGUGGGGUGGAAAGCCCAAGAUUGACCGAGCAGCCAUGGAUGGAACUGGUCGUAUCACACUGGUGGCUGAUGUGGGUCGGGCCAACGGACUCACCAUCGACUAUGCCGAGCGCCGUCUGUACUGGACUGACCUAGACACCACCCUCAUAGAGUCGUCCAACAUGCUGGGUCAGGAUCGUGAGGUGAUUGCUGACGACCUCCCUCACCCCUUCGGCCUCACCCAGUACCAGGACUACAUCUAUUGGACUGACUGGAGUCAACGCAGCAUUGAACGUGCCAACAAGACCAGUGGGCAGAACCGCACUGUCAUCCAGGGCCACCUGGACUACGUCAUGGACAUCCUGGUAUUCCACUCCUCACGACAGGGUGGCUGGAAUGCCUGCGCCUCCACCAACGGACACUGCUCCCACCUCUGCCUUGCCGUCCCUGUCAGCAGCUUCGUUUGCGGAUGUCCCGCCCACUUCUCCCUCAACUAUGAUAACAAGACCUGUAGCGCUCCAACAUCCUUCCUGCUGUUCAGCCAGAGGACAGCCAUAAACCGUAUGGUGAUUGAUGAACAGCAGAGUCCGGACAUCAUCCUGCCCAUUCAUAGCCUGAGGAACGUCCGUGCCAUUGACUACGACCCCCUGGACAAACAGCUGUACUGGAUUGACUCCAAGCAGAACGUCAUCCGCCGUGCUCAAGAGGAUGGAAACCAGAGUAUGACUGUGGUGUCAACCUCGGUGGGCGGGCCCAGUCAGGGUCUGCAGCUGUACGACCUCAGCAUUGACAUCUACAGCCGCUUCAUCUACUGGACCAGUGAGGUCACCAAUGUCAUCAAUGUCACCCGUACUGACGGCAGCAGAGUGGGCGUGGUACUGAGGGGGGAGCACGACAAACCCAGAGCCAUCGUUGUCAACCCAGAGAGAGGGUACAUGUACUUCACCAACCUGCUGGAGCGCUCACCAAAGAUCGAGAGGGCAGCGCUGGACGGCACGGAACGCGAGGUUUUGUUUUUCAGCGGUUUGGGGAAACCUGUUGCCCUGGCCAUCGACAACGAGGUGGGGAAGCUGUUCUGGGUCGACUCGGACCUGAAACGCAUCGAGAGCAGUGACCUCUCUGGUGCUAAUCGUAUCGUGAUAGCUGACUCAAACAUCCUGCAGCCAGUCGGCCUGACGGUGUUUGGGAACCACCUGUACUGGAUCGACAAGCAGCAACAGAUGAUCGAACGCAUCGACAAGACGACAAGGGAGGGCCGCACCAAGAUCCAGGCACGCAUUGCCUAUCUGAGCGACAUCCACGCAGUCCACGAGCUUGACAUGAGAGAGUACAGUAAACACCCGUGUACCUGGGACAAUGGCGGCUGCUCCCACAUCUGUAUCGUGAAGGGUGACGGGACGACUCGCUGCUCUUGUCCCGUCCACCUGGUGCUACUGCAGGAUGAACUGUCCUGUGGAGAGCCGCCCACCUGUUCUCCUGAGCAGUUCUCCUGCACAUCUGGAGAGGUCGACUGCAUCCCACAGGCAUGGCGUUGUGACGGUUACCCUGAAUGCGAUGACAGCAGCGACGAGGAGGACUGUCCGGUCUGUUCCGAGUCUGAGUUCCAGUGUGACAGCCGGCAGUGCAUCGAUCUGAGCCUCCGCUGCAACGGAGAGAUCAACUGCCAGGACCGAUCGGACGAGAACAAAUGUGAAGUGCGUUGUCCUCCUGAUCAGUUCAGCUGCUCUAAUGGUCAGUGCAUUGGAAAACACAAGAAGUGCGACCACAACAUGGACUGUACUGACAACUCGGACGAGAUCGGUUGCUAUCCGACAGAGGAGCCUCCGCCUCCAUCAAACAACACCAUUGUUUCCAUCGUUUGCGUGGUCAUGGCGUUGUUUGUCGUUGGUGCCAUCUACUUUGUGUGUCAGCGCGUCCUCUGUCCGCAGAUGAAGGACGAUGGCGAGACGGUCACAAAUGACUUCGUGGUCCACGGCCCAUCAUCGGUGCCUCUGGGAUAUGUACCACAUCCAAGCUCCCUGUCCAGCUCACUGCCAGGUAUGUCCAGGGGGAAGUCUAUGAUUGGCUCCCUGAGCAUCAUGGGCGGGAGCAGUGGCCCACCGUAUGACCGAGCCCACGUCACCGGAGCCUCAUCCAGCAGCUCGUCCAGCACAAAGGGCACCUACUUCCCCCCGAUCCUGAAUCCUCCACCGUCUCCUGCUACAGUGCGUUCUCAGUACACCAUGGAGUUUGGUUAUUCCUCCAACAGCCCUUCAACACAUCGGUCCUACAGCUACCGGCCCUACACCUACCGACACUUUGCCCCACCCACCACCCCCUGCAGCACCGACGUGUGCGACAGCGACUACACACCGGGACGCCGGGUACCGCUGAAAUCCAGCGCCGCCGCCAAGGGCUACACCAGCGACCUCAACUACGACUCGGAGCCUUUCCCGCCACCGCCGACGCCCCGCAGCCAGUACCUGUCGGCGGAGGAGAACUGUGAGAGCUGCCCGCCGUCGCCUUACACCGAACGCAGCUACUCCCACCACCUCUACCCGCCACCGCCAUCACCCUGCACGGACUCCUCGUGAGCCUUGAAACCCCCUCCAUCCGCACAGCUCCGCCCCCUCAAUGUAAAUAGUAAUUGUGCAUAUCUGAGGUUAAAAAUGGGAAAGAGAGACUGAUCCAGGAGGACGAAAAAAGGAAAACAAAAGAGAAACGGGAGCUGCAGAACUUUGUACAUUAAAAAAGAGAAAGCAUAUUUAUAUAUUUUCUAUACAGUGUUUACUGAUAAUGCCAUAGAGGUUUGUAUUAAGAAAUUUGUACAUUUUUUAAGAAAAGGUUUUAUUAAAAUCAUCACAAAUAUAAGUUGCCUUAAACUAGGAGAAAAGAGGCUGAAGGACAAAAAGCACACAGCAGGACGUUUAACUUAUCUGAUGCCAAAUAUGACAAGCAGCAGCUACAGGUGGAGAAGAGAAGAGCUCCCCCUGGAGGCUCCUCCGCUCGGCAGCCAUCUGUCUGUCUGUAGUUACCAUGGAAACUGGAACAGGAGCAGCUGGAAACACAGAAUGUGGUACUGAGUCUUUGAUUUAGAUUUACCUCCUCUUUCAUUUACUAAACGGUUCGUAAGAUCAUGUCUGCUGUGGAUGUGAGUCGUGCAGAGCCACAAAAGCCAGAAGUCGAAGCUAAAACACUAACCGGCACAUAUUAAAAAGAACGAGCCAAUCAUAAGUAGUGAUGAUGCUGCUGGCAAAUUUGAAAAAACACUGAAGAGCCUGUAAGAGGACAUGAGCAAAACUUUUUUUACCAUGUUUCUUGACGUGCAACUGGGAAGAAAUCACAAGAAAUAAUUUCACGCACAAAACGUUAUCUGGAGUCCAGUAGGAAAUAUGUUUAGGGAAUUAAAAUGAUCUUAUUUGCUAAAGAAAAUAUCUGCACCUCAUUAGAAUAAAAAUAGAAACUGCCUAGAGCUCAUACAUUUCAUACACUAAUAAACAGUGCUGACGCCAGAAACUAUCCACAAGAUGGAACCUGUCGCUCAGGUUUCUUGUUUGCAAAAUAACAUCCAGUAAAACUAGAACCAAACUGUUACACUCAGCACAAUUUUUCCUUGCAUCACAGAAAUGAUCUUCAGAAGCCAUGUUGCACCUAUUGUAAACAAACGCUCAAUGAAACCAUGUCAAGCUCACAAGAAUAUAAAUAAGGCAAAAAAGCAUCUGAAAAAUCUGUGUUUCACCAGAAACUGACUUUGGUGCUUUAAAACUUUCUUGGAGGCACUAGAUAGUGUUCUUGCAAAACUCCCAAAACUAGAUGGUGUGGGACUGAUUCACAGGGUUUCUGUCAAUCUGGAACAAUGAGCUCGGCAGAAACCAUGUUGUCCAUACUGUAUUCUAAACUAUUUCAGGGCUGCUUAAGCAAUCUGCACUUCAGAUACACACUGUUUGGAGCUCUUUGGCAUUAACAUUGUCUUAGUAAGAAAGAUUAUCUUUUUGCUUUUUGAACUUAUUUGAAAAGUUCCAUAUGUAACAUCUUGAAAUUUUAUCUGAAUCUCCAGAAAGGAUCUGCUGUGCACUAAACUAUGUUGAGAAUUUCAGGCCAGUUGAAAUUGAUCUCUUAAAUAUAUGUAAUUCACACAAUUAAACAUCAAAAACCAUCCUGAACAUUCAGUCCAAUCCCUCUGAACAAUCUUAAAGCAUUAGACAUUAACUGGACUCAUUUUGAAAGCUCUCCUAAACCCUCAAAAGCAUACACUAAACCAUUUUGAGACCACAACUAGGUGUUUUUUACUCAACUAUCCAAAGUUCAGUAGACACUAUUAUUUCUUGAAUAUGUUACUGUGUAAAGCACACUAUGAACCAUUUAAAACCUAAAACAAUCUUGUGAGAAACCACUAGAAAAUGUUUUGCUUUUGUCUUGUCACAGCCUCUGUAUAAAAACUCUACAUGUGCCACUAUGUUAAAGAUUCUGAUGCCACAUGACUCACCUCCACCAAUCAGUGAUGUUCAGACAGGGUAUUAACCAAAAUGUACGCUUGUGUUCAACAUUUUCAGUCCUCAUUUAAAUCUUAGAACGCCUGACUGCAACCGUUUGUUUUGAGGUGAAAUGACCCAAAGCUGCACAGUGACUUUAUUGGAUUCUCUUCUGGAGGAAACAGCGUUUCUCAUAUACAACAUGAUCUUGUGCCUGACCAGUUACACAUCUUCAUAUGUUUUUGUUUUUUUAAUGUUAUGUUGAGGAAAAAAAACACAAAGGAAACCAGUGCCCACUAAAUGCUAUAUAGUAUUUUUGUACCACAUAUUGUGUAGAUAAAUGUAUUUAUAAGCUAUAUAGAAAAUCAUUGUAAAUCUAUCCAUUGAAUUCUUGCAGUACUUUUCAUUCCGUCUUUUUUUUAUAUUGCCUCAUUAUAUUUUUCUACAGAAUAUCACUCCAAACGUACGGCGACAAUCUCAGAUAGGUCAAAUCGAAGAACAUAUCCAGGUUUUUAGUCUGUUCAUGUGAAGUCAGUCUGAUGUUUGAAGGACUGAUGUGCCAAAAUAAUUUUUAACAGCGUGGAGGCAGGUGAAAGUGUCGGGGACCAGAGGUGAACAAAAGGCGGCAUUGACUCUGUUGCCUUGACGAUCACGUCUUUUUUUUUUUUUGGUUUUGUUUUAUUUUUGUAAAUCUGUUCUUGUCUUUGUGCUUCUCGUGACGACCAGACAGAAAUAUAUUUUUGAAGAUAACUUGCUACAUUGUCUAAUCACCGGGGGAACGUUUUCCCUCCUGUUCGGCUUCUGAAGGUCACAUCGAGGAGAGAAAAAAAAAAAUUAACACCAGCAAGAAACUGACAAUCUGAUGCUUUACAUACCCAUCAUAUUGUAUUAUUUGUAUGCACAUUAGUCUGUUGGCUUUCUCCAUUUGAUGUCAGGAGCUUGAAAGCACAGUGAGGUAUUUCAGUAUACGGAGACAGUUUGUUUCCCUGUGUUUUGAAAUUUUAUAGACAGUAAAAAAAAUACCAAGAAAUUAAUGAGAAUGUUUGGGGCUUGGUUUCUGAUAGUUGAAGAUGGAGCUGGGUGAUAAAAGCCAGAAAAUGUUGCUGGAAUUAAAAAAACUCAUCAGUCUAUCAAUUAUCACAGUAAAUGUUGAAUUAUUGUUUCUUUAAAGUUUAAAGGCUGAUACUUGCUCCCGAGUAAAAGUUGACAUUUUCCAAAUUGCAAAUUAUUUCAGAAAUUUACAGAUAAAACAGUUAUACAUUUCUCAAUGCUAUACAUUUUAUCUUUGAGUAAAAUUUGGUACAACUAAACUUUGAAUUAUUUUGUCGCUGUUUUAGUUAUUAUAAACAGAAUAAACCUAGUACCCAUUAUGUCACUUAAUAUUAAAAUGUUUUUCUUUCUUAUUGUUUUCUAACAAUGAUUUCUAAAUAAACUACAUUCACAAAAAUGUAAUUACCACUUAGCAGUUUUUCUGCCUCAAAUGAAAUACCAAGCCCUAAACUUCCCAAAAGUAGAAGUUAAUGUCCAAGAACAGAAUUUAUGUCAUCAAAAUAUACCUCUUACACCCUGAAAGAUGACUAGUUUUCAUUUUAUGUUGUGCAUAAUUCAGUGCAUGUUUCUCAUGAAUGAUCUUAAGUAUAUGACCAGGCUCAGUUACUGAUGAUGCUUUAUUUUGUGGAUAAUCACUGUUGGACUGAAAUUGUCAUUAAUUCACCAAUUCAUGACUUGUUUACCAAUAAUAACUUAUCCCCACAAAACAUUGAGAUCUCAUGCACAAUGUAAAACUGAUCCAUCAUUCAGGACUUGGGUGUUAAGAAGUUAAGUAAAUUGUCCCUAGACAAGUAAAAAAUUGCAGUUUUUUUUUCACUACAGUUACAAGUAGUAAUGUUACCAGAACAUCAAUCAAACCAACAAGAACCAGUGACGAUGCCAAAUGUCCAGUGUAUCUUGCACCAGUAAUUAUGUAUAUUUUUGGCUCCAUACAGCCUCCGUAGGUGAACAUGUACGAGCUACCUGUGGUACAAUCACUGACUGACACAUGCAGGGGUGUUUCAAGCCGACCGCACAUAUACUCGAUUUUAAAAAGCAUUUUUUUGGGAGAGGUUCUCAUUCUCUAACUGCACUUUACAGUACUUUUAUUCUUUGAACUGAUUUUCUGGUACAAAACUUGGUUGUCGUGCAGCUGGAGAAAUGUUGUGUAAAGGCGGAUGUUUGUUUUGAGUGUUGGCAAAAAGUCCAAAAUUAACUUGGAUGACUGACAUGGUGAAUUUUGGCUGUGAAUUUCAGAUUUUUUUUUUGUCUGGUUUGUGUCAGUGACAAAUAAAAGUGCAUCCGAGUAAAAGAAAAACUUGCCUGAACUGACUGAAAUGGCUGAAGUUAAGUGAGACAUAAGAACAGAUGUUAUUUGAAAGAAUUCAAAAAUACAAAAGGUACUGAUGACCAAGUUUAAGUGAAAAUUCAAGAGUGAAUUUUCUCCAGCUUUUUGUCAGAAAAUGAAAACCAGAACCAGACAAAUGAACAAUCUGAAUGUUUGUAAAAUAUAGUCAGUCUUUGACUUGUUUUUGGACAUUGGAGAUUUUGUAUAGAGAGGAAAGUGGCUGAAAAGGGUCAAAGAAAGUAGAACUGUUAAAGAUGUUGAAACGCUGAGGUUCAUUCAUUUUUUAAAAAAGCACUUUCGUCUUCGUUAUCAGAGGUUCAACAGGAAAACAGAAGUUUGUGUCGUUUUUUAAAUGUUAUUCUUCAUCUGUUCGGAUCUCAUGGUGCUUUGCGAGAAUCUGGAGAUGACCAACAUUUGGUUCGUCUUGUUCAUUUAAUUUCCACUAACUCGAUGUUUUUAUAUGAUGACUGCUUUACCUGUAAAACAGAUGGACCUGUACAGCCCAUCCAGCUGCCACCAUAAGCUGUUGUAACUCAUGAAAUGCUGAUUUUUUUUUUCUUUUUGUUAAAUAUAAGUGAGUGAACUUUUA